AUUGCAUACUAAAUGCAAUUUGUAAUCGCAAGUAUUCUGCCGUUCGGCAAAUGAAGUAAUGUGGGCUCAAUAACCUACAUUAACCUUCAAUUCCUUCACUGCUUCGUCCGAGAAAAAGCCCUAAUCAAAAUCUUUUGAUUUUCAGUCAACGAGCGCACACUUGGGGAAAAACAUCCCUUCAUUCUUUCCUUCAAGAAGAGCCAAAGGGCUAAAGGGUGUAACUUUCUCUAGCUUGUUUUUGCAAUCAACAAUAUGCCAAUUAAAUGGGUUUUGCACUGGCAGCCAAAUGCAGGCACAACAGUCAACACUCAAAUACUAACAGAAGUAUCUCAGUGUGUUGAGAGUAUAAAUGGGGUUAAAGAAGGAAGGUGGAAAGCUACUCUUAGCUUCUACAAACCGAUGCUCCGAGUAGAACAAGCAAAUGCAUUGGAGUUUCCCCGUGAUUUUUUGGGUAUUUCACUUCAAGAACAGCCCAACAAGUAUUACUUUGUAAUUAGAGGGCAACGGUUGAUCUUGGAAGCAGAGUCAUCAAUUCAGACGAUAAUGGAGAAGUUGCAGUCUUACAAAACAAGGGUUGCACUUAAUUUUGAGGGGUUUCAGUAUCAACUUGGUGACUUCCAGCUGCGAGUGGGCAAAGUUGUUCCAAUCCACUCUGAGAGCUUGAGGGGAAUAGUUAUGGAGAUGGAAUAUCUUCCAAUUUCCUCAUGGGAGAAAUCGCACCAGAUUAUGGGUGAAUUCUUCGACAUAUGGCAGGAAGCUCUUGCGAAAAGAUCAUUACCAGGUCAUUUCGUGCACAUUGAACCAAUUUUGUCAGAGUUUGGACUCUCUGAUCAAUAUACUUCACAGCACACAGCUGUACAGUAUGCGAGCAUUAUGGCUCAAAUGAUAGCUACAGCUCAAUCAGCACAAGCUGUGAGAAAUUAGAUUUUAGCAUAAUAUUCUGUUGACAAUAUAAGAUUUUAGCUAUGUACCUGUUGUAUUCUCACAACAAAAAGAUAAAAGCAAUGGUUUUCCCUUUAGCUCCAGACACCAGUUGAUUAUGAUGCUGCUACUACUGCCUUACAUAUAAAACCGACGUUAAAGACAGAUCUGAAUAUUAGGAAACUAAAGUGUUUCGUCGUUUUAAUCAUUGGCCUCAAGCUGCAUAGAGAUUGCUUUUGUAAAUUGUCUGUUGUACACUUUAUGUUCAGAAACAGAUCGGGAAUAUGCACGUAGAAGGUGAUGUCUAUACAUAGCUUCUUUUUCUUU